AUGGAUACGUGGCAGUGUCAACGUCUGGCCGCUUAUCGUUUUGUCGCCUAUUCGGCGGUCACCUUUUCGGUGAUUGCAGUACUGUCCAUUUGUAUUACAUUACCCAUGGUCUAUAACUAUAUUCACACUGUGAAACGAACUAUGCAUCAUGAGAUCAACUUCUGUAGGAAAUCGGUCAAAGACAUCUGGGGAGGAGUGACUGACAUCAACAACUCACCACCUUCAAACCGUUGUUGCCUACCGGGACCAACAGGACCACAAGGAAUGCCCGGGAAACCUGGACGUCCAGGAAUCCCAGGUAUUCCAGGCCUACCAGGAGCUCCAGGGCGACCACCGAUGUUCCCAUGUGUACCGGUUACGCCGCCACCAUGUCAGCCAUGUCCACAAGGUCCUCCUGGAAUGCGAGGAAUGCCAGGACCACCUGGACCACAAGGUGAGCCCGGACGACCUGCAACCACUUAUGGCGAAGCGAAAAUGGGACCACCUGGACCAAAGGGACCGCCUGGACUUCCAGGUAAUCCUGGAGCACCAGGAAUGCCUGGUGAGCCUGGAAUCAGUGUUAUGUCUACUAUGACUGGCCCUGGUGCUCCUGGACCAGCAGGACCUCCCGGCCCACCAGGUCUGCCAGGACGUGAUGGAAUGCCUGGAGCUGUCGCUGUCACAGGUGAACCAGGACCAAAAGGCCCACCAGGAAUGCCUGGUCCACAAGGACCUCCUGGAAACCCUGGUGCACCCGGUGAGCCUGGACCCAUGGGACGGGCUGGCGAGCACGGAAUCUGCCCGAAAUACUGCGCUAUCGACGGCGGUGUGUUCUUCGAAGACGGUACACUACGACGUCGUUAG